AUGAUAUUUUCUCCCAUUUUUGUCUAUCUUUGCUUGUGUGCCCUAUCAUCGGCCACUCCUUUGCUGCAAAAGCCUCGAGCUAAUCGGGAUCUCCAGCCCCUAAAGGAAGCUUACCGUGGCAUAUACUGGGACCAGGCAGCUAUUGAUUGUAGUGAUGAAGAAUUUGACAUUCUCGCCGAGGCUACAAGAGUUGCACUGGAGGUAGCAUCCUUCCACACAGAUGGUAAUGUAUGGGAAUCACCAGCCUGGAAUCGUUACUUUGUUGGUCCUGGUGGAAUUGGGGGUUGGGAGUCUUCAGAGGCGAAAGGGCGUACAUUCGUCGACAUCUACACCAAUAUUAAACAAGUUAGUGCUUUUCCACGGAAAGGAAAGCCGACGAAAUUGAAAAAAGACUAUGUUCGCGAAAAACAGGUGACCUACCGAUGCAAAGAGAAUCCUGAGAUGCGCAAAAGAUGUGCUCAAGCCCCGUCUAGUGGUGGACUCUGGACUGGACCGACAGCUUAUACUCAACAGCCAACUCUCACUGGGGCUGGGUGGGAAACCACAUUUUGUCCACGAUUCUUCCUCGAGGACAAAGUCGAGUACAUUAAUAGGAUCACCGAGCGAAGGCGACCUUACACUGAGAUAUUUAGGUUGCUCUCUUAUGAAUAUGUGAUUCUUCAUGAGUGGAUGCACUCCGAUAUAUUUGGUUUCCCCGCACAUAUUGAGGAUGUUGUCGAAAAUAUACCCUUCCAUGGCGAGCGAAGAAUAUAUGGGGAUAGUUUAUGCUACAAGUUUGCAUGGCUCUACGUCGAUUCGAUUGGAACGGGUCAAGGAAACUGGGAUUCUAGCGGCGCUUUCGCCCGCAGGAAGCGAUCGAUAGAAGGCGAUGAAAAACCUGAGCUCUACGACGACGACCUUUCCGACACCGUUAAUGCUGCCAACCUUGAUUCGAGCAAGCUUAUAUUCCCUAUAAACUGCCACAUGUCGGAUGGAGACUACAAGACUGUGCGCUGCGAUUAUGUGGGAGAGGAAUAUAAAGACUUUGUCAAGAAUGUGAAGGAGCCUUUCGUUGCUGAAAAUAGUGAUUGCAUUCUAUCGGCGAAAUGUCACCUCUCCUUCAAUGGCUAUGCAGUUGAUCCAAAAUGCAACUGCACUUGUGAUAACCCCCCUUAG